CUCCGGGGUGCCUGGAGAAUAAGAUUACAAGUGACAGCCAGAAGUAGACUUUCUGUCCUCACACCGAAGAACCCCAGCGAGCGGUAGGGAGGGAAGCGAGGGGAACCUUUCUUGCCUUUCUGGAGACCUUGUCCGCAGUGAUUUUUUUUUUUUUAAUAAGAGAAUCCCCAGUCACCACCUUGUCUCCCCAGCACCGCCACAGUGUACUGCUCUUAAGGGGUUUUGCUUUGUUUUUACGAUUCCCCCCCCCCACCGAACGAAUCACUUGUCAGAUCAAUUUUAUCUUCUCUCUCCUCCCACUCUCCCCUCCUCCCCCAUCGAAAACCCUGUUCUCUGAGGUUAGACAUUUUACAAACCAUAUAUGUUGUUUUUCGAAUUGUGAUUUUUUUUUUAACCCCUCUCUCCCAUGGCUACUCUUCCAGAUGUUUAUCGGCCCUUCCCCCGCUUAGGGGGGCGGGGGUAAGGGAAGAGAAAAUAAUACAAUUUCAGGGGAAGUCGCCUUCAGGUCUGCUGCUUUUUUUUUUUUAAUUAAAAAAAAAAAGGACGUAGAAAACAUCAUUCUUGAACUUCUCUUCAAGAACCCAGGCUGCAAAGGAAACCUCCUUUGUUUUUGUUAUUUAUAUGCUGUCAAGUUUUGAAGUGGUCACAGUGAAAGCUUGGCCUGGAUCGUGCCGGCCAUAUGGAAUGGAUAAGGGCACAAUCUCUUAAAAUGUGAUUAUGAGGUUCUGUGGGCCGAGGGAGGCGAUCCAGCACGGAACUCAUUGAAAAGGCUCCCACGCUGCAAAAAAUAGGUGAUCUUUAGAGAGUAACUGAGUAUGGAUCAUUUGAACGAAGCAACUCAGGGGAAAGAACAUUCAGAAAUGUCUAACAAUGUGAGCGAUCCGAAGGGUCCACCAGCCAAGAUUGCCCGCCUGGAGCAGAACGGGAGCCCACUAGGAAGAGGAAGGCUUGGGAGCACAGGUGCAAAAAUGCAGGGAGUACCUUUAAAACACUCGGGCCAUCUGAUGAAAAGCAACCUUAGGAAAGGAACCAUGCUACCGGUUUUCUGCGUGGUGGAACAUUAUGAAAAUGCCAUUGAGUACGAUUGCAAGGAGGAACAUGCAGAAUUUGUGUUGGUGAGGAAGGAUAUGCUUUUCAACCAGCUGAUUGAAAUGGCCUUGCUGUCUCUGGGUUAUUCGCAUAGCUCUGCUGCCCAGGCCAAAGGACUAAUCCAGGUUGGAAAGUGGAAUCCAGUCCCACUGUCUUAUGUGACUGAUGCCCCUGAUGCUACGGUAGCAGAUAUGCUUCAAGACGUGUAUCAUGUGGUCACAUUGAAAAUUCAGUUACACAGUUGCCCCAAACUAGAAGACCUGCCUCCAGAACAGUGGUCCCACACCACCGUCAGGAAUGCGCUGAAGGACUUACUGAAGGAUAUGAAUCAGAGUUCCUUGGCCAAGGAGUGCCCCCUCUCACAGAGUAUGAUUUCUUCCAUUGUGAACAGCACUUACUAUGCAAAUGUCUCAGCAGCAAAAUGUCAAGAAUUUGGAAGGUGGUACAAACAUUUCAAGAAGACAAAAGAUAUGAUGGUUGAAAUGGAUAGUCUCUCUGAACUAUCCCAGCAAGGUGCCAACCACGUCAACUUUGGCCAGCAGCCGGUCCCAGGGAACACCGCGGAGCAACCCCCGUCCCCCGCGCAGCUCUCCCACGGCAGCCAGCCCUCUGUCCGGACCCCUCUUCCCAACCUGCACCCUGGGCUCGUGUCAACGCCCAUCAGUCCUCAGUUGGUCAACCAGCAGCUGGUGAUGGCUCAGCUGCUGAACCAGCAGUAUGCAGUGAACAGACUUCUAGCCCAGCAGUCCUUAAACCAACAGUACUUGAACCACCCUCCCCCUGUUAGUAGAUCUAUGAAUAAGCCUUUGGAGCAACAGGUUUCCACCAACACAGAGGUGUCUUCCGAAAUCUACCAGUGGGUACGUGAUGAACUGAAACGGGCAGGAAUCUCCCAGGCAGUAUUUGCACGUGUGGCUUUUAACAGAACUCAGGGCUUGCUUUCAGAAAUCCUACGAAAGGAAGAGGACCCCAAGACUGCAUCCCAGUCUUUGCUGGUAAACCUUCGGGCUAUGCAGAAUUUCUUGCAGUUACCGGAAGCUGAGAGAGAUCGAAUUUACCAGGAUGAAAGGGAAAGGAGCUUGAAUGCAGCCUCAGCGAUGGGUCCUGCCCCCCUGAUAAGCACACCGCCCAGCCGCCCUCCCCAGGUGAAAACAGCUACCAUUGCCACUGAGAGGAAUGGGAAACCAGAGAACAAUACCAUGAACAUUAAUGCUUCCAUUUACGACGAGAUUCAGCAGGAAAUGAAGCGCGCUAAAGUUUCCCAAGCUCUGUUUGCAAAGGUGGCAGCAACCAAAAGCCAGGGGUGGCUGUGUGAGCUAUUACGCUGGAAAGAAGAUCCUUCUCCAGAAAACAGGACCCUGUGGGAGAACCUCUCCAUGAUCCGAAGGUUCCUCAGUCUCCCUCAGCCUGAACGUGAUGCCAUUUAUGAACAGGAGAGCAACGCGGUGCAUCACCAUGGCGACCGGCCGCCCCACAUCAUCCACGUGCCCGCAGAGCAGAUUCAGCAGCCGCAGGCGCAGCCGCAGCCGGCGCCGCCCCCCGCGCAGGCGCAGGUGCAGCAGCCUCCGGCCGGGCCCCGGCUACCCCCGCGGCAGCCCACCGUGGCCGCGCCCGCCGAGGCGGAGGACGAGAGCCGGCAGAAGGUGAGGCCGCGGACCAAGAUCUCGGUGGAGGCGCUGGGCAUCCUGCAGAGUUUCAUUCAGGACGUGGGCCUGUACCCGGACGAGGAGGCCAUCCAGACUCUGUCCGCUCAGCUGGACCUGCCCAAGUACACCAUCAUCAAAUUCUUUCAGAACCAGCGGUACUAUCUCAAACAUCACGGCAAGCUGAAGGACAACUCGGGCCUGGAGGUGGACGUGGCCGAGUACAAGGAAGAGGAGUUGCUUAAGGAUUUGGAGGAGAGUGUCCAAGACAAAAAUGCUAACACCCUUUUCUCGGUGAAACUAGAAGACGAGCUGGCGGUGGAAGGGAACACAGACAUUAACGCCGACGUCAAAGACUGAGAUGAAAGUCUUCUUUUCCUCCAUCAGCACCAGUGAAAUUGACUAACGACACGGAAGGUCCACCCUGUACUCGCUCAGCAAACCUUGUUGCCCAUUGUUUGGCCAAUGAAUCUUCAGAAACUUGCACAAACAGGAAAGUCGAGAAAGGAUGAUACAGACUGCACUAAGCGUUUUGCUCUCUUUUACAAACUGCUUGGCAGCCCCAGGUGAAGCAUCGGAUUGUUUGGUAUUAAAAAUGAAAAUUUGUGUUCACGGAACACACCCAGGUGUGUACCCCGUAAGCAUGAUACCAGUGAUUUUUUUUUUUAAUUAUUAUUCUGGAGCCUCAAACAAGCAUUAUAACUUCUGUGAUUAUUAUUUCCUUCCUUUAAUUAUUUCUGUAACACUUCACACUGAUCUUUGGAAACUCGCCCCUCGUUUAAAAAAAAAAAAGAAAAAAAGAGUUUGUUACUCUAUUGUAUGUUACAAAAGAACUAUAGACUGUGGAAUGCAGUUUAAAGAUGACAUAUGCCAACAAAUGCCUUGUAUUAUAUGGCACUGCCGUAAUUCAAAUUUGUUUUUAUUUUGGAAAUAAAAGUUCACUGUAAUUUUGUUUUCAUUCUCAUUGUUACAUGAUUUUUUAAAAAAUGAAAAGAAAAUGUGAAACACAGUUUAGUCCUCAUUAUUUAUUUGUAGAUCCUGCAGCAUCAUGUUGUAAUUAAUUUUCUGGAAGUUUCCGUUAAAUGUAAAAUUGCUUCUCUUGUUACCAUACUGAUUCUUUUCUAUUUAUAAAUGUAUUUUGAUGGGCAGUAAAACAAAGUGUCUUAAAAGUUUUAAAUAGAUAAAAUGUGCUUUACACAGUUGCCUAUAAAAAGUGCUCUAUGUUAUCCAAGCAAUUCAUACUAUAAGCUUCACUCUUAUUGUUGUAUGCAAUUUUUACUAUCACGCAAAUAAGCUUAGGUAAAUAAAACUAAUAGAUCACCUUAGAAAAUUAUGCAAUUAAUGUGAAAAUAAUUGAUGUUUGCAAUGUGUCUUCCUUUGGUUUACAAUCAAUUUUAAAGCUACAUCUGUAUAAAAUUUCUGUAUAAAGGUGUUAUUUCUUUUUUAUGAGUUUAUGGCUAUGAAAACACCAGCUAUUUUGUUACAGCUGGCUGUUUUUAUAAGUGUAUCACAAUUUUCUUUAUGCAGAAAUGUUCUGAUUAGGAGUGGUUAUUGACUGUAACUACACAAUUAAAAUUGUUUGUAUGGUAUGACAAUGGUAGGGUUUGUCUGCUUAUGUGAAGUAACUUACAGAGUCCAAGACGGCCCUCUAAGUUAGAUGCAUGUUAAUACUUUCUUGAUAUUUUGCAGAUCUGAAAAAGAGCAAUUGAAAAGUCACUUGAAACACUGUAUAUUUAAAUCACAAACACAUGCUCACUUUUUAAGUUUAACAAUGAAGACGAUAACCUGUUUUUGGUUAAUAUAUUAAACAGAGAUAGGAGGAUGGUCAAAAGACUCGCCAACAAAGACAUCAAUUCAGUCUCUAGCAGAUAGGUGCUUAGAAUGGAUUCAUCUGCAUUUACUUCACAAUACUUCCAUCAUGGCGACACUUUUUUUAAGCUGAUGUAUGAAUAUUUUUAAAGGCCAUUAAUAGUAACAUAAGUAGGGGAAAAAAUGGACCUUCUGUUU